UUUGGGGCGAGGAGCGGUUGGCUGGUUGUUGAAUCGGGCAGCAGCUUGCUUGGUGUGCGAAGACUGUUCGUCUGCGUCGUUCGCAGCAGUCGCCCAGCGGAGAGUCUUUCUUUUUAUUUUUGUCCCCUUAUAAACCGUGUUCGUUCCUGGCCCUUCGGUUCCGCGAAACCAGUGCCGUCGUCGCCGUUGCAAAACUCGGGGCGAGUCCCCCCUCCCCUCCCCGCCUUUUCAAAAUGACCGAGCGCAGCGAAGAGCUCGACUCAUGGAUUACGAACUGGGAACGCCAGUGCAUCGAAGAGGUCGAGAGCAGUCCCGACUUGGAGUCACAGAUACAGAACGAGAAGGACACAUCGUCCCAAAAGCUCUGGCUCCUUUUCCAGAACUCGGCGACGUGCGUGGCUCAGUUGUAUAAAGAUCGCCAGCAUGGAGUUUCUUUAUGGGUGCCUUUCCAAAAUGCCGCAGCGAGUGUGACGAAUCUCUACAAAGAGUGCAUGGAGGCGGAGAAGCGGGUGAGCGAGCUGGGCUUCCAGUGCGGAUACCAGCGGCGCACCCGGGACCUGCUGGCCUGGGCCAAGAAGCGCAAGCGCCACAUCCGCCGGGAGGACCUGGUGGCCUUCCUGUGCGGCAAGGGCUCCGCCCACCAGGGAUCGGGCCACGCCCACCCGUACCACCACCACCACCACUGGGGCUCGCCCCGGCAGAGGCUGGCCCUGGAAGGGGUGGCACCCCUCAGGGGGCAGGCAUCAAGGCUCGGGGGCGGGCCCGUGGGGGCCGGGGCCCUCGGGGGCGGGGCCGGAGGAGGCGGUGCCAUGGGGGGUGCCCCGCCCAGUCCCGACGCGGAAGACGUGGACCUGGACACGUUUCGGGAGGCACUGGCUAUCUCGUCGGCACUGGGUUCCAGUCGAAGCCACAGUAGUGCAAUCGGCGGAGUGUCUCCCCCCGGCUACCGUUGUGGUGCCCCCACGGCGGCCAGCCUGAGCAACUUCAUCGCUGAGGAGUUUGCUCGCCACGUGGAGUCCCGCAAGCGGGGCGCUUCGGGAGGCACCUCCCCCGGAGACGUGGUCAUGGACUCGCCCACCCACAAGCGGCCGCGUCUUCUUUGAAGGCCAGGCCCGUCCCUCACCAUCCAAGGCCACGCGCCCGCGGUCAUCUGUCGUCUGCAAUGCGUCGCAGUCUCCGGGAACCUGGCAGCGUCGCGGUGCCCUCGAAUGGGGCGGGGGUCUCGUCAAGCAUUGUCAUUGGAGGUCACUGGCUUUUGCUGGCUGUUGUGAACGGCCGUCUGCAACUCUGAACGCUGUGCGCUGAAGUUUUGGAUGUCACCCACCGACUGCCGUCAUCUCCGAUCCUGGUUGCUUCUGUCUGCCGUCACCAGCAAUCCUGGUUGCAGUCUGCUGUUAACGGCAGUCUGCAACCCCAGUCGAUGUCUGCAGCUGUCUGCAAUCUUGGUUGUCGCCUGCUGCCUACGGUCAUCUGCAAACCUGGUGCUCAUCUGCUGUCUGCAGUGGUCUGUAUUCAUGGCGACCUUGCUCAUCUGUGAUGGUGAUUACACGCUACGGUCAUUGGCCACCCUGGUUACCGUCUACGAGUUUGGGGUUGCAGAACAUCAUCCCCUAGCCUGGUCAUCAAUCGUCACAUACAGUCACCUGGCGUCUCGGUUUUUGGGCAUCGGGGACCUCCCGCAGCCGGCCGUUGCGAUUGCUGCGGACAGUCCUGGUGGGGAGUGACCACCAGCGGCUGCCUUCAACAGUCUUCUGCUGUCAAGAUAUUGCCGACGAGCGCCCGACCUGUCGUCUGCUCUCACCCAAAUUCCAUAUAACUGGUGCCGGCCUGGUAGCAGAAGAGAGCUGGCCGAGCAGUGGACACUGUUACGUAUCUAUCUUGCAAGCAGCUGGGACACGCGACCAAACUAAAGUGGCCGUACCAUCGUCAUUUGAUGCCGAGAGAAAUGGGCGCAAUAAAGGCAGGUUUGCAGACCGCAGGUCUUGGUCUGACGCUAAGGUCGAGGUCGGACGACGCAGAAAGUGCCAUAUGCAGACGGCGGUCCCUCGCAAACUGCAAGUCCUCCCGGGAACGGGGAUCUUGCCGUCUUGGGUUUUGUCGGGCCUUCAACCAACGACAGCUUUUUGUGCCGCCGCUUUGUAAAGUGCCACAAAUGAUCUCGCUGCCACGUGCGUUUCUGAGCCAAGAGAGAGAGAGGCUGGGACUACAAGUACCAGAUGGAUGCUUGCAGACGAUAGACGCGACAGGCAUCCUCCAGCAGUAUUUCGUGCAUAUUGUAACAGAGAUGCUGUCGUUGACUGCCUCACGGAUCUCUCCCCUCCCCCUCACCGCCUCCCUUUUCCUCCCCCACCCCCCAAAAAUUUACGAAGUGAAAGACACCCGAAUUUUUUGUUCGGCAUAGCCGGACAGUAACUGUUGUUUUGCGUGUUUUUGAUUGCACCUCGCUCCUCGGCCUUUAUUACUAUUUUAUUUCGGACGCAUAGUCGCGGAGGAGCGAUUGUUUAUUACUGUUUUGUUCCACGAUUUUUUGACCCCACCACCGCCAGCAUUGAGGACUCUGUCUCGUUGUUUAUUGAUACCGAUUGUUUCCAUAUCCCGUACGCUUGUAAAUCCGUUUUUGUUUCUCCCGCGCAACCAAUCUUGAGUAGGCGUGGCUCGGGAUUCGUGUUUGCGGUUUUCCCCCCUCUGUACAUAGUUCUUAUUUUACUGUUUGCUCGUUUGUUCUUGCAACUCUCGCGCCACUGCAUUUUUUGAGGACGACACCGACUCUGGGAUGCAACAUGGAUGGCAGCUUCGACCUUCCGUUUACCCCGAGUUCCCAAGCAGCCGACAGCUUUGAAUGCAUUGUUUCGAAACCUUGUUUCGGUAAGGGAGCAGACCUGGGGUGCACCAGGGUCGCCCCAUUAUGCCCACUCGAACGAGGUGCUGGCUACCGACCGAUUGUUUUCUUCUGUGCUGCAUGUAGGAACAAACUUGUUUCAUAAAUCUUUUCCCCCAACUUUGCUAGGAGCCUUUUCUUUUUUUUUUCUUCUUUUCUUUUGCAGCCUUGCUGAAGAGUGCCUUAUCUGACGCACGCCCGCAGUCCGAUCACCUGCAGUUUGAUUUGUUGAUACUUAGUUUUCUUUUAGGUUCAGCUAAAACAAAUUGUGGCAGAUUUCACUUUUGCUAUUGACUGGCUUGGGCAGUACAUUUUAGCAUUCAGAUUUUGUCGCUGAAUGUAAACUAUUGCAAAGCAACAAAAUGUUACUAUUUGAAUUGGAGAGGGCUCUGGCCAAAAGAUUUGGAUGCUGUGAUUAUCGACCUUCAGGAAUCCGACUGUCCCGCACAAUGAACAUCUUGUUCCAUGCAGGAACUCUUGAGUACCAUGUUUUUAGUCAAAUCUCGUUCCUGCCUCAAAACUUAAUCAUCCUCUUAAUAUUUUCAAAAAUCCGGUAUUCGGAGCAGUUUUGACAUUGUGAAUCUCUUGUGGCUUGUGCAACAUUGUUUUGGUUGGCACCCGUUUCAGGCGCCAACAGUAUUCCAGCAAUUUCUCGUCGGCUUUGAGAUGAGGCUUAUCCGUGUAGAUUGUUUUGGAGGGAAAGUUUUCUUUUUAUUUAAAAAGCUGGAGUCAGUUUUGGCACGGAUAUAUUUUCUAGUUUUGGUCGCAAGGCUGGCGCAUCUGCUCAACGGACCAGGAGGAAGCUGCAGCAUUUUUUUUUGUCUGUUUGUUUACCCACUGUUUAUAGUUCCCCCUGUUCGUUUAUUUUUAUAUAAGUAAGUUUGACAGAGAAAUGACCCAUGUUCUUUUUUUGGAUCUGUCAUCUCGGCUUGUCUGUCAGCAGUGCUGCUUUGAGAGUUAUAAAGGACAUUACUUUGCUUUCA